UAAAUAAAACAAAGAAAAUGCAAUCGGGGGACCUCAUAAGCUGAGCUUUGAGGAACUAUCGCAUUUCGGACACACACAGAAGACGGAAGGCAAAGGCAGCCAUGAUCUCGCAGUUCUUCCUGCUCUCGCAGCGUGGCGACAAUAUCGUCUUCCGCGACUAUCGCGGUGAAGUGCCAAAAGGAAGCGCAGAGAUAUUUUUCCGGAAAGUGAAGUUUUGGAAAGAAGAUGGGCAAGAGGAAGCACCCCCUGUCUUUAACGUGGAUGGUGUCAACUACUUUCAUGUGAAGGUUGUUGGACUAUUGUUUGUCGCAACCACAAGAGCUAAUGUAUCACCAUCUCUUGUCUUGGAACUUCUACAAAGAAUUGCCCGUGUCAUCAAAGAUUAUGUUGGGGUUCUCAAUGAAGAUUCUAUAAGGAAGAAUUUUGUGCUUGUGUACGAGUUGCUUGAUGAAGUCAUUGAUUUUGGCUUUGUGCAAACAACAUCAACUGAAUUGUUGAAGUCUUAUAUAUUUAAUGAGCCAAUUGUUCUCGAAUCUACACGUUUAUCAUCUAUUGGCCCUACUGGCCUUUUUAUGCAAGGGACAAAGAGAAUGCCUGGAACAGCUGUCACAAAAUCAGUUGUUGCAAAUGAGCCUGGUGGUAGGAAGAGGGAGGAAAUUUUUGUGGAUAUAAUCGAGAAGAUUAGUGUGACUUUCAGCUCUAGUGGUUACAUAUUGACUUCUGAGAUUGAUGGAACCAUUCAAAUGAAAAGCUAUCUCUCUGGAAAUCCAGAAAUCCGAUUAGCCCUCAAUGAGGAUCUGGGCAUAGGAAGAGGCGGAGGGUCGGGCUAUGACUAUAGGAGUUCAUUUGGAUCAGGAGCAGUGGUACUUGAUGAUUGCAAUUUUCAUGAAUCUGUACGUCUUGAUAAUUUUGAAGUAGACAAAACUCUGACCCUGGUGCCCCCUGACGGUGAAUUUCCUGUCAUGAACUACCGUAUGACUCAGGAGUUCAAGCCCCCUUUUCGUAUUAAUGCGUUGAUUGAAGAAGCAGGAGCUCAUAAGGCUGAAGUGAUUCUGAAAAUAUAUGCCGAGUUCCCCUCGAACAUUACUUCCAACACAGUUGCUGUACAAAUGCCGCUACCUAAAUAUACUAUCAGAGCCAGUUUUGAGUUGGAACCAGGAGCAGUUGGACAAACAACAGACUUCAAGGAUGCCAAUAAGAGACUUGAGUGGGGAUUAAAGAAGAUUGUCGGUGGAUCUGAACAUACGCUACGUGCCAGACUCACAUUUUCCCCUGAAGUACAUGGAAACAUAACAAAAGAAUCUGGUCCAGUUAGCAUGACAUUUACAAUACCUAUGUAUAAUUCUUCAAGACUUCAGGUAAAGUACUUGCAGAUAGCAAAGAAAUCUGGGACUUAUAAUCCAUAUAGGUGGGUAAGAUAUGUUACUCUCGCCAAUUCAUACGUUGCUCGGAUAUGAUAUGAGGAAACCUCAUCUGUUAUGCCAUUUCGCGGUGGAGGAAUUGGAUUUGGAAAGCAAACGGUUCUAGCUGUUGUAAGAUGUCUAAUGAAACCCUCUCUCUCUCUAUUGUUUUUUCGGUGGGUUCGGAUUUCAGUGAUUUCAUUUCUCGACGAACAUUUAGGUUGUAUCACUGAAUUUUUUUGAGCUGGACUAUUCAUUCAUUGAAUUGCUCCUUGUGGAUUGGCUGUUUAUUAACUGUACAAAUGCACUCAAAUUGCAACCAGUAAGAGUUUUUGUUACUUUUGAUUUA